AUGGCUGUCUACGUCUUUUUUCAGGCUCAUGGCCUGAAUGUAUCCGUACGUCCUGUCCUUGACGAUAAAAGGGCCCUUGAGAAAUCGGCAGCGUAUGAUCCGUUCCAUGGCAGUGCAAAUGGAUCUGGCCAACGUGAAAACGCCAAGUUCCGCCCAUACAGUCGCCUUGGUCGCCUAGGACAGGUCCGUGUCUUCGACUAUUAUAGCAGGGAUGAAAACAUGCUCGAAAUUUUGAAUUCCUGUAAAGAUGACGUUGUUGGCAUUAAAUGGCUGUCGAUGCCGUCCCCGGAUGUCAUGGAGCAGGGGUUCAUCUUCAUGACUGCAGCCAAGCGGAUGAUGGAAUUAUUCUAUGACGCAAGUAUCCAGUACGCAUACUACUCGGGUUGUUCGACCGGUGGCCGCCAGGGCCUGAAGGAUGCACGGCUCUUCCGCGAUGAUUUUGAUGGCAUGCUCAUUGGAGCGCCGCCCUGGUGGACUGCCCUUCUCCAGACAUGGACCACCCAGCUCGGUAUCCAUAACCUCCCUGUUGGUGCAGCCAACCACGUCGACGCGUCACUGUACCCCGUUCCCGCCGCCGAAGCUGUGGCCCAAUGCGAUGUGGUUGACGGUGUUGUCGACGGCAUCAUCAGUCGCCCCAAACUGGGUGACUUCAAUCCGGAUACCCUUCUCAGCAUGGGCCCGUCGACUGGAGAUCCUCAUGUUCUCCUUAGCGAGCCUCGGGCAUUUGUAACAUGA